CAAAACACCAGAGAUCCAAUCGACUCUUUACAGUCUUACAUUCCUUCAGAAAUGGAAACCCACCGGCAAAAGCCACCAUUCAGGCGCACAUUAGUCGCCACCACCACCAUCCUCUUCCUUUAUCUUCUCCUCCUCCUCCACCAGAAGAAGACCUUUUCAUACUAAAAUCAGCUUCUUUGUUCAUAAAACUCAUGGUUUUCCAAGUAGAUUUCAUCUCCAAGCAGAUAUCAUCUUUCCUUUCUUUCCUUUCAAUAACCUCAUCAGAAUCACUACACAGAGCAGACGAGGCAAGAGGCACCGCCGAGGAAGCCGUCUAUGCAGCCACCCGAGUCCCCUCCCGUGUCGCCUCCGGUGGCGUCCUCGUAUUACGGAAACUCGGAUUUGGGUUUCUGGGUGCUGCUUAUGUGUGUCUUGUACUGCUUAUUGUGUUGGUUGUUGCCAUUGUUAUGGGUGUUGGGUUGGUUCAGUGGUGGGUUGAAGAGCCACUGUUUGUAAGAGAGCCUCUGCAUUUUGAUUACACAGAUCCUCACCCAAUUGCUGUGUACUCUUUGGGUGGUGGUGAUAUGCAGGGGAAGAGGAAGAGGGCUAUUCCGUCAGGUCACACUUUCUAUGUUUCUCUCGUGCUCCUCGUGCCUGAAUCCUAUUAUAACCGCCGAAUUGGAGUCUUCCAGUUGACUGCAGAGGUCAUAUCUACUAAUGGAGAGAGAAUAGCAAAAUCCAGCCAGCCAUGCAUGCUUCACUAUAGAAGCCUACCAAUUCGACUGCUACGUACUUUUGUUUUCGGCAUACCCUUACUAUUGGGUUUUUCAACAGAGACACAGAGGAUCACAGUGGGAUUAUUGAAGCACAAGGAAGGAAAACCCCAGACAGAGGCAAUAAGAAUACAGUUAAUUCCUAGGGCUGGGACAACUUCUCCUCCAGAACUGUAUACAGCUGAGCUUAUACUGAACUCUCAUCUUCCUCGGCAAAAAGAACUAGUCUACAAUUGGAAAUUUACGUUUUACGUAUGGACUUCCUUGUCUGUGUACAUAAUGCUUAUUAUAAUUCUUGGUUGUUGCUUCAAACCAUUUGUUUUUCCGAAGUUUACGCCAACAGGACUAAUCGGCCAGAAUCAAAGAGGUCACUCUGUGGUAGUAGAUAACAUUCCACAACCCCAAGUUGGGGGAGUUGGAGAGAUAUCAGACACAUCAAGGAAAUGGCAGCGGGGCAGGCGGCGACGGCCAUUGUUUUCACACAGAGUAGUCUUGCCAGAAAAUGUUGGGUCCUCGGCUUAUGGUACUACUGUCCACAGGGCAGAUAUGAGUGAGGUUAUUGAUGAUUCUGGUGGGUUUACUGAUUCCGAAUCUGUUUGCCUUGGUGGUUAACUUGGUUGAUCAGUGGAAGCUUUCUGAACUCUCUGGAGUGGUUUUUUUAACUGUAGAUCUGUUAUUUUUGAAUAAUAGUAUAGUGGUUUUAAGUCAUUUUUGAAGUGAACAUCUAUCCUGUAUUUAUGCAAUGUGACUUUAGAAUCCUUGCAAAGGUAUAGGUUUUGGUUGCAAGUCUGUAAUUUAUAAAGUAAUAUCAGUGGAGUUCUUGAACUAUGGUUGAUUUCUGAGAAUGUUUGGGGGUGGUUUAAUCACCCUACAAGAGGAAAAUAGAUUGCAGUGAAUAAAUUGGACAUGAGAAAAUGUUGGAUUGGAUA